AUGGAAGACUCUCAAGCAACAAACGUAUGGGAGGUACCAGCUGCAACAGUAGCUAUGUAUCGAAACAUGUUUUCCCAGUUCUUUGAUUCUGAUUUUUCAGGCCAUGAAGAAAAGUAUUAUAGAGAAGCUGUUGAUAACGCAGUUAAUGAAAACAAAAAACGUAUUUUAAUUAACUUAGAUCAUCUUCGUGAGUUUGAUAGGCUCAAUGGUCAUAAUAUUACACAAGAAUUAAUCAAAAAUCCGAAGCUCUUUCAACAAGCAAUUAAUGAAGCACUUAACGAAUAUAGAAAAGAAGUUAACGCUAAAGGUGAACAGGAUCUUACAUUCGGUAUUACUGGCCCAAUUGGUGAUCAUUUUGUUUCACCAAGACAACUUAAUACAAGAUUCUUAAAUCACAUUGUGUGCCUUGAUGGCAUUGUUACCAAAACAUCACUUGUCAAUCCAAAACUCGUUACACUUGUCCAGUUUUGCCCAGCAACAAACCAGAGAUUAAGAACACAAUUUCACGAUGCAACUGAUCUUACAGCGCGUCCAUCACGCUUUGCAAUCCCUAACAAGGAUGCUAACGACAAUCCUCUUGAAGUAGAAUACGGAUUUUCUACAUUCAUUGAUCAUCAAAUCAUUACAAUCCAAGAGCGUCCAGAAUCAGCACCAGCCGGCCAAAUGCCACGUAACUGUGAUGUUAUAGCAGACGCAGAUCUUGCUGAUGCUUGCAAACCAGGCGACAGAGUUAAAGUUUACGGUGUUUACAGAAUUUUGCCAAAUAAAGUUCAAGGUACUGCAAGUGGUAUCUAUCAUCCACUUCUUAUUGCAAAUUCAAUUGAAGUAGCUGCUCAAACACUUCAAUUAAAUCUUACAAAAUCAGAUGUCGAAAAUAUCCGCUUCAUUGCUGGAUACAAAGAGAACAACCAACUUGAUGUUGAAGAAAAUACCCAUGUUCUCGAUUUGCUUAGCCGCAGUAUCGCUCCUUCCAUUUAUGGAAGCAGUCGUAUCAAAGAAGCCAUUGUUCUCAUGCUUGCAGGUGGCUGCGAAACAAACCUUCCUGAUGGCACACACAUCAGAGGUGAUAUCAACAUGCUUAUGGUCGGCGAUCCAUCAACAGCAAAGUCACAAUUAUUAAGACACGUUUUAAACAUUGCUCCUUUGGCCGUCCAUACAACAGGUCGUGGUGCAUCAGGUGUUGGUUUAACAGCAAGUGUUACAACAGAUACAGAGACAGGUGAAAGAAGAUUAGAAGCUGGUGCAAUGGUUAUCGCAGACAGAGGUGUUGUUUGCAUCGAUGAAUUCGAUAAAAUGGAUGAAGCUGAUAGAGUUGCAAUUCACGAAGCCCUUGAACAACAGACAGUUACAAUCAGCAAAGCAGGCAUCCACGCAACACUUAAUGCAAGAUGCUCUGUUGCUGCAGCUGCUAACCCAGUUUGGGGCACAUACAAUCCAAAUAGAUCUCCAAUGGAUAAUGUCGGAUUACCAGAUUCACUUAUCUCACGUUUCGAUUUAUUGUUCAUCGUUUUGGAUCAACACAAUCCACAAGUUGAUGCUGCAAUUGCUGACCACGUUCUUGAGAACCAUAAAUGGAAGUCAAAUGGUCCAUCAACAACAUAUUCCGAUGAUGGCAUUUACCUCAAGAGCGAUGCAAUUCCACAUGUUUCACAAGGCGAACAACAGAACUACGUAACUGUCGAAUUCCUUAAGAAAUACAUUACACAUUGCAAAGAUAUCAAACCAACAUUAACUAAGGAAGCUAACGAAUUGCUUGUCUCAGCUUGGGCAGACAUGAGAGCUGUUAUGACAAGAAAGACACAGCCAAUUACACCACGUACAUUCGAAACACUCAUCAGACUUUCAACAGCUGCUGCAAAGAUCAGAUUAUCAUCAACAAUCACAGAACAAGAUGCCAAUACAGCCAUUUCUCUUCUCAAGUUCUCUGUCUACGGCGAAGAUGAAGAACCACCUAAGCCAAGAACAAAGAAGUUGAUCAGUAACGACGACAAGAAGAAGAAGAGUAAGAAGACAAAGAAGACAAAGAAGGAUGAUGAUAAUGAUGAUUCAUCAGAACCAGAAGCUGUAGAAACAGAUGAAGAACUUGAAAAUAGUUCUGAAGAACAAAGCGCUGCUUCAGAAUCUGAUGCAGAAGAAAAAGAAGGAGAACAAGUAAAGGAAGACGAACUUCCUAAGUUAGUUGAAUCAUAUGUUGGUGAUGAAUUGGAUGAAAAGAGAAAGGCAUUCCAGGAAGUUUAUAAAUAUUACAUCAAUCAGACAGAUAAAGUAUUCGUUACAUUGGACCAGUUCAUUGAAACUGUUGAGCUUCAGAAGGGUGUUGUUAUCACUAGAGAUGAAUUGAAGAUUUUACUUUCUGAAAAUAAGAAUGUUACAUUUGAUGAUGAAAAUAUUGCAUUUUAA